AUGAGUAAGAUCCCUCAGAAAAUUCAUAGACCAUCUGAUUCUAUGAACCUUGAUUUAAAUGUAUCAAUAACUCAUAGAAGAACCUGCUCUACAGGGUACAGGACUCUAAAACGACAUGUGACCAAAAUUAGCAAAUCAUUAUACAGAUAUAGUCAUUUAAAUGCUAUGAAGAGGAUAGAGCUCCAAGUUUGCUUUAAACAUCCUCUUUUCUAUUAGAGAAUUAUUAAAACGGCGAGCCUGAGGUGGUUUUCUUGGUGCUAAACCUUUUUUCUUAACUCACAGACGACAUACUGAGGUGUAUACUUCUUUUAAGGCAAUCUUUAGUCUGCAAUAGGGUUAAGACAGGCCAAGAAGGAUAUUUUUGGACGUUUCAACAAUACGUCAAGCCCUGCUGUCGGCAAGGAUCAAGACCAGAACGGGUAGGCACCACGACAGAUUGUCUGACGUCAUCUUUUUUGGUGACGUCGACAGAAAAAGAGAGUUAGUUGGAGUUAGUGUCUAGAAUCACUAAGCGUGAAGCUAAUUAGUGAAGUGUAAGGGUAGAAAUAAACCCAGUAACCCGCUAGAACUAAUCUUAAUUUUUUCUAUUAUAUUAAAAAAAUUUAUCUCUAUUGGCAAAUUUAAUAGUUAAGCUAUUUAAUAAUGCUUAUAAUUUCUUUAAUUAUUUUUUCUCUGGAAAUCGACAAACUUUUGUAUCUCAAUAAGAUUGCAAUAUAAAAUUUUAUGCCAAUCCGCUUCAGUCCUUUUAAAUGACUAUAUGAAACAAAGCAUGACUAUAUCUCAAAGCUCGAAAGAGCAGCGCUUCGAAAUCAAUGCUCUGAUUUUACUGACUCCCCUCUCUGUGUGAGCAAGCAAAAUAUUUUGUUUGCUAAGGAAGAGGGUUAAGUUUUUUAAAAAAAAAAUUGUGCUCGCUCAUGGAGGGUGGUUUUUACCUAAAAAUAGGGAUGUUUCCAAUGAUUUUUAUCGCUUACAAAAGGCGAGGGGAGUGAGCCUAAAUCUCCUACCCAUCAUAGAGAAGAGAAAGCAUCGAUAUCAGAAUAUCUUAAGUCUCAGCAUGCUCCGAGACCAGAAGGAAUGCAAAUUAUAAAAUUGCCUAAAACAGCGUUCGGAAAGCAUUUAGACUAUAAUAAUGAAAAUUUAUUUGUUGAGAAGCAUUUUUUGUCUGAAGAUCGAAGCAAUGCAAGUCCUGAAAGAAUAAAGGAAUUUGAAGAAAUCAAUAGAAAGUACAGGAUUUAUAAGAAAAAGAACUUGGCAGUAAAAAGUAAAUAUCAGAUGCUUGUAACUCCAAGUCAUAAUAAAUCAACUGGCUAUGAUUCAUAUGCAAUGGAUGCUGGAGUUUUACAUUGUAAUCGGGAAGGAAAUAUUGUAAAUUAUUAUGAAAUUGACAGGAAGAAAUAUUUAAACCAUUCCACAUUCAAUGACAAUUUCGAUAGCUUUGGAGACAAUACAGACAGAAAAAAAGAAGAAACUAAUACCCAGAAUAGAUAUAAAUUAAAAACUGCAGUUGAAAGGCUUUAUCCAUCAACUGAAAGAGCUGAUUCUGUACUUUCAAAGCGACUGACAGAUAAAUAUUCAACACUAUUUACUGAAGAGUCUCCAGCAAGACCUAAAACCACCCUUGCUAUAAAAUCUGAACUUCGAAGCCUAUUUAAAUCAAUUUAUUAA